UGUGGCCUGGAACAUGAACAUGGCUGUGCUGUGAUUGUGAAUACCGACCGAGUCUUCUUCGGCUAAUUAGAGAAGACGAUACAAACCAAAGCCCACUCACUAUAAAACCACACUCCAAACAAUCCGCCGUCCUCCUCCUUUCCCUUAACCACACUCUCCCUCCUCCAGCCACCGCCGCCGCCGCCGCGCUCAUACAAAAACCUCUUCCCCAAAACCCUCCUACGCUCGAGAAUCCCGUGCUCACGCCCUCGACGCUUUGAGAUUGCGCGCUGAGUCAUUGUCGCCUAUCCUCCAUUGCUGUUUAGCUGCGGCGCUGAUUGAUUGGGCUUGUGGAUUGGAAAGUGACUUGUAUUUUGUUCAGCGUGCUUUUCAUUGGAUAAAGUAGGUUGCAGGGUUAAGAUGGCAGGAAAGUCGAAUAAGGGGAAGAACCGAAAAGGAUCACAGGCAAGUGCUACAAAUUUGUCAGAGCAGGUCGCCUCUGCGAGUUCUUCUCAGGCAAAUGGAGAUGAAAGCUCAAGCAAAUCAGUGGACACAGAGUUAGAAGUGAAGGGAGAGGAUAAUGGAUCUGUGGAGCAUCCGCCAAAGCAAGAUGGUCAACUUUAUCCUGUUUCUGUGAAAACGCAAGGAGGUGAUAAGCUUGAUUUGCAGUUGAGUCCUGGGGACACUGUAAUGGAUAUUCGGCAAUUUCUUCUUGAUGCCCAAGAGACAUGCUAUGUUACUUGCUAUGAUUUGUUACUGCAUACAAAGGAUGGCUCAAUUCAUCAUUUAGAAGAUUACAAUGAAAUCUCUGAAGUUGCUGAUAUUACUUCCGGGAGCUGCCAUUUGGAAAUGGUUUCUGCAUUAUAUGAUGAUCGAUCCAUCAGGGCCCAUGUUCAGAGAACUAGAGAUUUACUCGCUCUUUCUUCAUUAAAUACCUCUCUGUCGACAACCCUUGCAUUACGCCAUGAUACAAAUCAAAAUACAUCUGCUACUUCAGGAGAUGCUGUGAAAAUUGAAGUUCCAGAACUUGAUAACUUGAGUUUUAUGGAAAGCAACACCGCUUCGCUCACUAAUUUGCUAUCUUCUCCCCGAGAAGGGAUGAAAUGUGUUGACAGUAUUGUGUUCUCUUCUUUUAAUCCUCCUCCAAGCCACAGAAGGCUAUCUGGAGACUUGAUUUAUUUGGAUGUUGUGACACUGGAAGCAAAUAAAUAUUGUGUCACUGGAACAACUAAAUCCUUCUAUGUCAAUUCGAGCUCAGGCGAUAUACUUGAUCCAAGGCCACACAAAGCUGCAUAUGAAGCAACAACCCUUGUUGGACUUCUGCAAAAGAUCAGCUCCAAGUUCAAAAAAGCUUUUCGCGAAAUUUUGGAGCAGAAGACCUCUGCGCAUCCAUUUGAAACCGUCCAAGCUCCAUUGCCACCAAAUACCUGGCUUGGCUUAUAUCCUGUCCCAGAGCACAAGCGCGAUGCAGCCAGAGCCGAAAAUUCUGUGACACUUUCCUUCGGAAGUGAAUUGAUUGGCAUGCAGAGAGAUUGGAAUGAAGAGUUGCAGGCUUGCCGGGAGUUCCCACAUGACUCAUACCAGGAAAGGAUAUUGAGGGAUAGAGCUCUUUACAAAGUUACUUCGGAUUUUGUGGAUGCUGCAAUUAGCGGAGCCAUUGGAGUGAUUAGCAGAUGCAUUCCACCUAUUAACCCAACUGAUCCAGAGUGCUUUCAUAUGUAUGUCCAUAACAACAUAUUCUUCAGUUUUGCUGUUGACUCUGAUCUUGAGCAAUUGUACCAUAAGGUACCAGAUAAUCCCUCGAACAUUGAAAAUCCAGCCUCAUCACAAGAGUCUUUUGAGACUAAAGAGAACAAUCUGCCACAAGGAAAUUCUGCAGUUUCAGAUUUGACUGGUUCUCGCAUUUUAGAUACAGAAAACAUCAAUGCCACAGAGUCAUUGAAUCCUGGGGUGAAUGCAGAGACACAGUUAUCUGAAAGCGAGCAAGCUUCAUAUGCAAGUGCUAACAAUGACUUAAAAGGCACUAAGGCAUACCAGGAAGCUGAUGUUCCUGGAUUAUACAAUCUUGUGAUGGCCAUAAUUGAUUAUAGAGGUCAUAGAGUGGUGGCACAGAGUGUGUUGCCCGGGAUCCUUCAAGGUGACAAGUCAGAUUCCCUUCUGUAUGGUUCUGUUGACAAUGGCAAGAAAAUAUGCUGGAGUGAUGACUUCCAUUCCAAGGUUCUGGAAGCUGCCAAACGUCUUCAUAUUAAAGAGCACAGCGUGCUUGAUGGAUCUGGUAAUGUUUUUAAGCUAGCUGCACCAGUGGAGUGCAAGGGCAUUGUUGGAAGUGAUGACAGACAUUAUCUUUUGGACUUGAUGAGAGUCACCCCCCGUGAUGCAAACUACACUGGACCAGGAUCAAGAUUUUGUAUUUUGAGGCCGGAGCUAAUAACUGCUUUCAUCCAUGCUGAAGCUGCUGAGAAGUCGAACUCAGGGUGUGGAUCUGGAGAGAAUCCUGCACCCAGUGCUUCAUUGGGAGUCAGUAAUACUGACAAACCAGUGAAAGAGGAGGAACAUUCCGCAUCAGUAAGUGACUCAAAGGAUACUACGGAUGCCAUAAACCACAAGCCUCCUGAAAGUGGCUCUCACAGUAACAGUGAAGAUGCAAGCACACCUAUACUCUUCAAUCCUAAUGUUUUUACUGAAUGUAAACUUUCUGGAAGUCCUGAGGAAAUAGCUGCAGAUGAGGAAAAUGUGCGGAAAGCAAGUCUGUAUCUUAAAGAUGUUGUACUACCUAAAUUCAUCCAUGACCUUAGCACCCUUGAAGUCUCACCAAUGGAUGGACAAACUUUAACUGAAGCACUUCAUGCACAUGGUAUCAAUGUUCGCUACAUUGCAAAAAUAGCAGAAGGGACCAGACAUAUGCCUCAUCUAUGGGAUCUGUGUUCCAAUGAGAUUGUUGUCAGAUCUGCGAAGCAUAUUGUCAAGGAAAUCCUGAGAGAUACAGAGGAUCAUGAUCUUGGCCAUGCGAUUGCUCAUUUGUUUAACUGUUUCCUAGGAAAAGUUGAAACUGUUUCUGCUAGAGGUGGUGCAAAGAGCACACCCUCCAAAACCCACAGAAAGGUUAAUGCAGAACAUGCUGCUUCUCGAAAAUCUUCCAAAGGACAAAGUAAAGUAAGAAGUGGGGCACUUUUGAGAAAGAAACAGUCCUUGUCUACAAGUAUGACCUCCGAAAGUUUAUGGACCGACAUUAGUGAAUUUGCGAAACUGAAGUACCAGUUUGAUUUGCCUGAAGAUGCAAGGGAUCGGGUGAAAAAAAUCUCCGUCAUAAGAAAUCUUUGCCAAAAGGUUGGAAUUACCAUUGCUGCUCGUACAUAUAAUUUCGAUGCUGUAGCCCCUUUCCAGGUUGCCGAUAUAUUGAAUAUCCAACCAGUUGUGAAGCAUUCUAUUCCACUCUGCUCGGAAGCCAAGAAUAUGGUAGAAACUGGAAAAGUUCAAUUAGCUGAGGGGAUGCUUAGCGAGGCAUUCACACUAUUUUCUGAAGCGUUCAAUAUUCUUCAGCAGGUUACAGGUCCAAUGCAUCGAGAGGUUGCAAAUUGUUGCCGUUACUUAGCCAUGGUCUUAUACCAUGCUGGAGAUAUGCCUGCAGCAAUAUUGCAACAGCACAAGGAACUAAUUAUCAAUGAACGCUGCCUUGGACUGGACCACCCUGACACAGCUCACAGUUAUGGGAACAUGGCUCUGUUCUACCAUGGCCUCAACCAGACAGAGCUUGCUUUGCAUCAUAUGUCACGAGCUUUGCUUUUGUUAAGUUUGUCUUCUGGCCCAGAUCACCCUGAUGUUGCUGCUACUUUUAUAAACGUUGCAAUGAUGUAUCAAGAUGUGGGAAAGAUGGACACGGCCCUAAGAUAUUUGCAAGAAGCCUUAAAAAAGAACGAGAGGCUGCUAGGAGAAGAACAUAUACAAACUGCUGUGUGCUAUCAUGCUUUGGCAAUUGCAUUUAACUCUAUUGGAGCCUUCAAGCUUUCCUACCAGCAUGAAAAGAAAACAUAUGAUAUUCUUGUAAAACAACUUGGAGAGGACGACUCUAGGACAAAGGACUCAUUGAACUGGAUGAAAACAUUCAAGAAGAGUGAACUGCAGAUGACUGCACAGAAACAAAAAGGUCAGGCUGUAAAUGCUGCUUCUGCUCAGAAGGCCAUUGACUUAUUAAAGGCUCACCCGGACCUGAUGCAGGCAUUUCAAGCAGCAGCCGUUGCAGGGGGCUCUGCCACUUCUGGCACCUCCGCAAGCAAAUCAUUUAACAGUGGCAUUGUUGGAGAAACACUCCCUCGUGGGAGGGGUGUCGAUGAAAGAGCAGCCAGAGCUGCUGCAGAAGUGAGAAAAAAGGCAGCAGCGAGGGGCCUUGCCUUGCGCCCACACAGCGUGCCCGUGCAGGCUGUGCCACAAAUUACUCAGCUACUCAACAUGAUAAAUUCAGGGGCGACUGCAGAUGUUGAUGGGGGGAAGAAAGAACCGAAUGGGCAAACUUCAAAUCCAGGACAAGAUCCGAAAGUCGAUCAGUCUAAACCUGGUCAACAACAAGAGAAGGGUCCAGUGGGAUUGGGUUCAGGAUUGGCUUCUUUGGAGUCCAAGAAGCUGAAAACAAAAUCAAAAUCUUCAAAUUGAAAUUUCCAAACCUUGAAUCAGAUUUCAAGAACAAUCAACUCAAGCGAUGGAGACGAGGCUUGGUAUCUCGAGUAAUGUCGAGAUCAAUAGACAGCUCAGAAUAGCAUUUUGGAUUUGGAUUUAGCUAUGGUGGUUAGCAUUUUGAAGGCUGUUUAUUUUGUUUUUGUUGACCUAUUAUUGUUUUGGGACCUUCUUAAUAAUAGUAAUAAUGAUAAUAUUAUAAUUACUUUGGUGGGGAAGGACGAAGCCAAGAACCCGUGGCUUAACCAUCUCGAUCAAAUAAUUGAUACUACUCUACUCUACUACUAUUAUGAUACGGUAUUAUUUUGGACCA